AUGGGGGUGAAGUUCGAGUUCUUUAGAUUUUUCAAGCUGAACUACUACGCCUUUUACGUAAAGAAGGAAAAGCUUUACACCUUCCUGCAUACCACCACGGCAUAUUCCCUCGUGGGCGUGACCAUUUAUCUGGGAUACUCCUUCUUUCACAUGUGGAACGACGCAGUACAUUACUCGUACAAGCACUACAUGAGGAAGGAAAAACAACGCAAAGAACUGUACGACAAAAUUAGGAUGGCUCGGGAGAAUGGUCUAAUCCCGAAGAGCGAAGUAGAUCUCUCCAGUUAA